CUGAGAACGUGGCGUCAUUUUUAUCAAACGCGUGGUAGAUGAUUUUUUUUUCGCUCGCGUAUUUAUGUCUGGUAAAUUAUAAAAGAGCGGACUAGUUUCGACGAGCAUUUCUGUAUCGUGACGAGAGACGAACGUGGAUCACGGAAGUUACGUGUCAAAAAAGAGCGAAACGGGAUUCGUGCGUUGAACGAAGUCGAGCUUUACGCGUCUUCCGUUAUGACUCAAAACAGGCGUAUUAUCGAUUCGCGUCAUGUUUAUACCUCUCGCGUACGUAGAUCUUGGGGAAACUUUGGAAAGAAAACCGCUCGGAAAAUCAUGAUGGGGCAAUUCAACGCUACUCCUUCGAGUCCUCGCGUGAUGUUCGACGAGGAGAGUGACAACGGUUUGGUACUCUGCGACAAAUAUCUGCCGAAAGAGAUGCUAAUGGAGAUCCUCUGCCAUGCCGACUGCAAGACCCUGUUGAACUGCCAAUUGGUGUGCAAACACUGGAAUAGGCUGAUGAAUAAGGUCUGGCACAUGAAAACUGAGCAAACGUUGGGCAAACCGUUCCCGUGGAACGAUAGAAUACCCUGGUCCGUAUAUUAUUUCGCAUGCACGAAGAAGCCUUAUGAGAGGAACUUGAUAAAGAACCAUUCCGGUGCGUACGGAUUGGCCGACUGGAAAUUGCUUUUGAAUGGUGGCGAUCGUUGGAAGGUAGAGGAACCACCCGUCGGCGUCCAGGAACUGCAAGAAAUGGCCGACCCAAUGUUCGAAAACAGACAGAUCUGUUUCACGACGUCCUUUCAACGUUGUAACAAAGAACAGAAAAUAGAUUUAACGAGAGAGGGGAUUCAUCCAUACAUCCUAGAUACUUAUCGACCACCUAUAGUGGUAAGCGAAUGGUACAGUUGUAGAUGGGACUGUCCAGCAGUAUAUGAGUUGGGCGUAGAGUUACUUGGAAUUGACAAUGAACUGAUAGACGAGUUUGUCUUUAAAGAUAUUCUAAUAGGAGAGAAACAGAAUGAGUGGCUGAAAGUUUCACAUGUAUUUGAAAACUAUGGACCUGGUCUUCGAAUUAUCUCCUUCGAACAUGGUGGGAAGGAUAGAUCAUAUUGGGCAGGGCAUUAUGGCAGUAAAAUGACUAGAGCAUGUGUUUUUGUGAAAAUUCCUGGGAAUAUUUCUACUGUUACGAGCAAAUGUUCCGUAUUAUAUGAGACGGUAACAAGCAUAUGCAACAAGCCUGCAUGUAUCCGCCUUAAACACAUGUAUUUUGAUGUGUCACGAUACAAUGUGCCAAGUGUGUUGACAGAGAUGGAACAAUUCAAUUCAAUUCUUUCGAGUUCUCGCGUGAUGUUCAAUGAGGAGAGUAACAACGGUUUGGCACUCAACCUGCCGGAAGAAGUACUGAUAGAGAUUUUCUAUUUUGUCGACUGCAAGACCUUGCUGAACUGCCAAUUGGUGUGCAAACGCUGGAAGAUGCUGACGAAUCGAGUUUGGCAUAAAAAAAUUAAGCACAGAUUGAACGAACCGUUUGCGUGGAACGAUAAGAUCCCCUGGUCCGUAUUCUAUUUCACAUGCAAGCCUUACAACAGGAAUUUGAUAAAGAACCAUUCCGGAUUGGAAUACAUGAAUGGUUGGAAAAUCACUAGUUGGGAAAAAAUUCGUCUCGAAUGGAAAAGAGGGUGGAAAAGACAACAGUGUAUGAUACUAGACAACGAAUCAAAGCCCAAUAUCAAAUGUUCAUGUCUACUAUAUACCAUUUUUGCUGCCUACUUUAUCCGGCCGAAUUUCUUAAUACGGCAGAACACCAGAAAGCAAAAUAUAGAUCUGAUAAAGGAAGGGAUCGACGCGUAUAUCCUAGAUACUUAUCAACCAUCCAUAGUGGUAAAAGAAAAGUUCAGCAUUCUAAUGAACAAUGCAGCAACAUAUACAUUAAGAGUUAGAUUAAUUAAUGUUAACAAGGAACUGAUAGACGAGUUUCAAUUUACACAUCCAAUAAGAUCUGAGACACAGAAUAAAUGGCUGCAAAUUUCAUAUGUAUUUAAAAACUAUGGACCUGGUCUCAGAUUUAUCACGUUUGAGCAUGGCGGAAAAUUAAUUAGUAACCCUAACAGAGACCCAGACUAUGAAGAGGUUCAAAUGAAUUGGGCACAUGUUUCUGUCCAAAUACCUGAUAUUGCAUAUGCAAAUAUAAAUAAGUUAAAAAAACAAGAAUCACAGAAGAGAAAGAAGUUUAUGUGGGAUUUCCUCUCUCCUUUUUUAAGACAUAAAAUGUCAUAUAAUUUGAGAAAAAUUAAGCCAGUUUAAAUGAAAUAAACAA